AUGACCGGCGAAAAGUAUCAUGACGCUCUAGUCGUCGGAACUGGAUUCGGCGGCUUGUACCAGCUCCACCUGCUCAAGCAGCUCGGGCUAGAUGUCAAGGCUGUCGACGGAGCCGGCGAUGUGGGAGGCACCUGGUACUGGAAUCGCUAUCCUGGCGCGAGAACGGACGUCGAGAGCUACGUCUACCGUUAUUCCUGGGACAAGCAACUGCUGGAGGAUGCUCCGUGGAAGCACAACUACGCCGUCCAGCCUGAACUGCAAGCCUACUUCCAGGAAGUCGCGCGCAAGCAUGACCUGUACCCGCAUAUCCAGUUCAACACGGAGGUGCAAGCGGCCACAUGGGACGAUGAGAAGAAUCUGUGGCACGUCAAGCUCAGCACUGGCGAGACACUCACCGUGCGCUACAUCGUCGCUGCCGUCGGCAUCCUGCAUAAGAAGCAUCUACCUGAUAUCCCCGGUCUGGAUACCUUCAAGGGACAGGUUACGCACAGCGCGGCAUGGAAACCGGAGAUCCAGUGGGAGAACAAACGCGUCGCCGUCAUCGGCAGCGGUGCCUCGGGCGUGCAGCUGGUGAGCGCACUGAGCGAAACGGCCCAGACGCUCACGCACUUCAUCCGACACGCGCAAUAUGUCAUCCCGACUGCCUUCCGCGAGAUCAGCCCCGAGGAGCGCAAGCUGAUCAACGAGCGGUACGAGAAGACGUGGCAUCAGGUCUUCACGUCGACCGUGGGCAUGGGCUUUCCCGAGCCCAACAGACCGGCCUUCUCCGUCUCCCCCGAAGACAGAGAGACCAUCUUCCAGGACCUCUGGGAACAAGGCAGUGGCUUCCGCUUCCUGUUCGGCGGCUUCUCGGACCUGGUCACGGACGCAGACGCGAACCGGGAAGCCAUCAAGUUCAUCCACAGAAAGAUCAGGGAAACCGUCAAGGAUCCCAAGAAGGCGGAGGUUCUCAUCUCAUCCGACUUCUUCGCCCGCCGUCCACUGACGGACGACAAGUACUACGAGCGGUUUAAUCAGGAUAACGUGCUCGCGGUGGAUCUGAAGAAGACACCCAUCGAGGCCAUCACUCCGGACGGCAUUAAGACCUCCGAUGGCACCGUGCAUCCCGUGGACCUGAUUGUCUUCGCAACCGGAUUCGACGCCAUUGACGGCAGCUACUACCGCAUCGAUUUCAAGGGACGAGGCGGGAAGGGCCUAAAGGAACACUGGGCCGAAGGACCCCGAGCGCACCUGGGCGCGACGACGUCCAGUUUUCCCAAUCUGUUCUUCGUCAACGGACCCGGGGCGCCGUUCGCGAAUAACCCUCCCAUCGCCGAAGAGGGGGCUCGAUUCGCAGCGGGCCUGAUCGCACACACGGAGGACCUUCGCAAGAAGGGUACCGGUCACGGAGUCGUCGAGAGCACGAAGGAAUCGGAUGACGAGUGGCAGGAUCAAUUGGACAAGGUUGCCGAUGCCACGCUCUUCUCGAAGACGCCUUCGUGGUUCUUUGGAGAGAAUAUCCCGGGCAAGAAGGUGGCUGCGAGGUUCUUUUUCGGUGGUUUGGGUAGAUUCCGUGCUGCUCUUGCGGAUUCCAAAGCCAAUGGAUACCCUGGGUUUCAUUUUGGAUAG